AUGUCGUUCCUCACAUUCAAAGAGCUACGACGCCGUUCAAAGGCCACUUUUCAGAAAACCCCAUCGCAUAGCGUGGAAGAGGUCGCCGGAAAGUCAUCCUCCACGAUCGACACUUCCUCCCACAGCUCCAUCACUCCACCGUCAUCGAUCAAGCCGACCCUCUCAACUCCCAGUCUUCCAGCUCUCAACGAGUCUGAGACCACUAGCGCAACAAGCACUCCAAUUGCGCUCCAGCGACCGGGCCCAUUUGUCGCCAAUCCUCAACGAAACAGCGUCAUUGGCAGUAGUGCAUCGUCAGUUAAUGGCGUGUACCGGUCACAGGCGCCCGUCUCGCCGUACGCCCCGCGAAUUGUGUCCGUAUCUGAUAAUUCAUGGGUCAAUCAGAAGGUUCUACUCGUCUACGGCCAGAUCGGCGACCCUCGACAACAUCCGCUGGACGGAAAUGUCACCGUUUACCACCACCAAGAUAAUUUCCCGUCGCUCGGCUGGCCCGUCACGGCGUCGCAUUUCAAAGCCCUUGUUCAUCUAGUUCCCGGUCCUAAUCGCCUCCGUUUUGACUUCGUUUCACCUAAACUGUCCACCGGCAGCACCCACCCGGCUAUUCACUCGGCAUGGAUCUGCAUCAACUACCUCCCUCUGGUCAACACCCCGCCUUUACAAUUGGUCGUGUUGCUCGGGAAAGAUUCAGAUGGCACAUACGACGCAGUGCCAGAGAGAGCGGAACGCGAGGGAAAUGAUCUCCAAACAGCGAUCCGAAAGUAUCGAAUGGCAGCUUACCUUUGGCAAGCCUUUACUGGUGAACAAAUGUUCCGGAACAACUUCGGGCGGCGAUGUUUCAGAUUCGAAGAAGAAUGGCAGUCUGGUAGCUUGAGCCGACGCGAUUUGACUCAGGCUCAGAUGCGCAACGAGGCCAAGAUUCAUGUUGUUCGCUCCGAGAAGACAGUAGCCGAACUUCGGGAUCUCAAUAUCGCCCAGCAAAAUGAAAAGGCUGAAAAGAAAGAUGAGCUGUUUAACAUUGCUAAGGAAGCUGUGCGAAACCAUUUCCAACCUCAGCCCGGCCAAAAGCAAUACGUCUCAGUCCUCUUACUCGAUUCUCAUUGGGACACUGAAUCCCAAAUGAUUACGGGACAUGCAGCCUUAGGAUCUGCCGAUGACGAUAUUAAGAUGGCGAUUUUUGGGUCUCACUGUCUCCAGAGCUACCCGUCCUGUCUGGAGGAAGUUGUGGAUGCUUUCACGGACUGCACUCGAACGGACAUGAACUAUGUUGCCAAUGACUGUGGCGAGGCAGGUUCCAACUGGGAGGCGGCAAAUCUAGGCAUCGGUGCUCACCUACAUGAAGUUGGCCAUCUGUUCGGAUGCCCUCAUCAGGAAUCCGGGGUUAUGCUUCGCGACUAUGUCCAGCUGAACAGAACAUUCCUGACCAGAGAGCCGUUCUCCACGCGCACCAAGGCCCAGGGCUUGAAAGUCUGCUUAUCGAACGAUGAGUGUGGCUGGCACCGCCUGGAUGCGCUACGAUUUCGAUUUCAUCCUAGUUUCAAACUUCCAAGUGAUCCCUCUCCCAAUUCAGAUGACAGCGUCCAGGUGUGGCCAGUAGAGAGUGGAAAGAUACUGUUCACUGCUUCAUCUGGAAUUGCAUUCAUGGAACUGUACGCCGAAGGUGAUACUUUCUGCCACAAAUUCAUCGAGUACCUGAACACCGAAUCAAGCCCCAACGGGCUUCCGCGACAAGUCACCGUGACUGAGAAUGAGCUCCGUCAGCGUGUGUAUGGUACUGAAAAGGAAAAAAAGAAGAAUAUCAAAUUGGUAGUUUUUUCUGGCUCAUUGGGCAGCUAUACCGUUGAGAAUAUCGGCGACCUGAAGUCUAAGAACUCACUUGUCAAGUUGCCCAAAAGUCAAUCUGGAUUCAAAAGCGGCAGACUUGGCCAUUCAGCAAUGGAGGGCAGUGAGCCCGAACAGCUGUUGCUGGAAUGUGCCUUCAUCAAAACAAAGCUCUUGACAUCGAUCAAAGUCUACCAUGGCUAUGCCUUGGAUGGUCUAGAGUUUUGUUACGAGGAUGCGACCAGUCAGCUGUUCGGCAAGCGGGGAGGAAAGCCUGGAGGAGAUGAAUUUGUUCUCGACACCCGACGUGGUGAAAUUCUGCUUGGGUUCUAUGUCCGGGCUGGUCAAUGGAUUGAUGGCAUUGAGAUCCUCACAAGCUUGGGAAGGAAAUCAGGGAUCUAUGGAAACGCCCUUGGUGGCUCUGGUCACACUUUGAUUCCACCUUUGGGCUACAAAAUUGCUGGAAUUGCCGGCUCAUCUGCUUCAUGGGUUGAUGGUUUCUCAUUGAUCAUCCAGCACUGA